AUGGAAGAAACAAUAGUCCUAGUUGUAGGAGCUGGUCCUGCAGGACUUGGCAUUGCUGCAUGCUUAAGCCAAAAGUGUAUCCCCUACAUUGUCCUUGAAAGGGAAGAUUGUUGUGCUUCUCUAUGGAAGAAGCGUGCGUAUGAUCGUUGCCAUCUUCAUCUUGCAAAAGAGUUUUGCUCCUUUCCUUUGAAACCCCAUGCACCCGAAGCCAAUAAGUAUAUGUGUAAGGAUGAUUUUAUAGACUACAUUGAUGAGUAUGUUGAGCAAUUUGAAAUUACCCCGCGCUACUAUCACUCUGUUGAAUCUGCAUCCUUUGAUGAGAAUAAUGGGAAAUGGCUAGUUGAAGCCAGACAUACCGAAAAUAAUGUGACUAAAUUAUUUGUCUCGAGCUUUUUGGUUGUUGCAUCAGGUGAAAAUGGCAAGGGUUACAUCCCUGAUAUCCCCGGGUUAAAUGAUUUUAAAGGAGAUUUCAUGCAUUCGAGUGAGUAUAAGUCUGGUCGCCAGUUUCGAGACAAGGAUGUUUUGGUCGUGGGAUGUGGUAAUUCUGGGAUGGAAAUUAGCUAUGACCUUUCUAACUCUGGAGCUAACACUUCCACUGUUAUUAGAAAUCCGGUUCAUGUGGUGGAUAGAGAAAUGGUAUUUGUGGCAAUGCAAUUGGUGAAAUACCUUAGUCUUUCAACAGUAGACGCUCUAGUCUCUUUUGCUAGCAAAUUGAAGUACGGUGAUCUGUCUAAGUACGGAAUUUUCCGACCAAAGGAAGGCCCCUUUUUCCUAAAGAUUAAUAAAGGAAGGAGUCCCGUUAUCGAUGUUGGAACUAUUGCCAAAAUACAAUCAGGGGACAUUAAGGUUUUACCUGGAAUAGAGAGAAUUAACAAGAAUAAAGUCGUAUUUAAAGAUAAAGUUGAGUUAGACUUUGACGCAAUAAUAUUUGCAACCGGGUUUAAAAGCACGGCAUGUGAAUGGCUUAAGGAUUAUGAUUAUAUACUGAAAGACGAUGGAUUUCCAAAGAACCGUUGUCCAAAUCACUGGAAAGGAAAGAAUAAGUUGUAUUGCGCCGGACUAUCAAGAAUGGGAAUACAAGGUGCAACAAAGGAUGCCAUAGCCAUUACGGAUGAUAUUGAGAUGGUUUUAGGAAACCCUAAUUAAAGAGUAUUUGGUUACCAUGCCAAUCUUGGGUUUUUAUUAGUAGUUAAUUAAUUACUCGCAAUGUUUCCCCUUUUCCCUUCCGAGUUACGACUU